AUGGCAGACUCAAAUCCGCAUCCCCCUCCUCCUCCUCCUACUCCUACUCCUACAUUUCAACCGUUCAUUAAUCCACUUCCGUUCUCUUCACACUUAGUUACUGUAAAACUAAAUCAUGAGAAUUAUCUCUUGUGGAAGGCUCAGAUCAUGCCUUACCUCAAAGGGCAAAAUUUAUUUGGUUUUGUAGAUGGCACCAAUGCAACUACAUCUCGUCAGAUAUGGGUUAUCCUUGAAGAUCUUUUUGCUGCAAAGUCUCAAGCUCAGACCAUGCACGUACAAUAUCAACUAGCAAUGCUCAAGAAGGGAUUUGACUCUGUUGCUACUUACUACCAAAAAGCAAAGCUACUGCGUGAUACACUGUUUGCUGCUGGUAAACCUUCGUCAUCCUCUGAUUUUGUAACUUUUCUCUUGGCUGGUUUGGGAUCAGAUUAUGAGUCCAUGGUUACGUCUAUUACUACUCCAGUGGAUGCUCUUAGUCCUCCUCAGGUGUACAGCCACCUACUUACACAUGAAGCAUGA